AUGUUUCAAGCAGAUGUUGGGGCGACAUUACGCGACCAGGAGUCAGUAAAAAGGCUUAGUUUGGCUUUUCAGCAAUUUGACCAUCUAAUGCUCGAGGACAAGCGACGCUCAUUCUGGCCAAGAAAAAGCGUAUUGCGUUUUCCAUUUGCUCGGAUGAAAAGCAUAUACCAAACCGCAGUUGACGACUAUGGGAUUGCUCUAGAUCAGAUUCAAGGCAAUUUUAUAAAGCUUGAAAAGGCUCAUAGGGACUUUGGAGUUGCCCUGAGAACCAUUGAUCAGGACAUUCUCUUCGCUCGCAGCGAACAGGAGCACGCUCCUCUAGGGUCCGCAGCUAACCCUAUCUUAAUCGAUACUGAAUAUGACUCCCCUGGACUCUGCGAUGGCAAUGGUGGUGACACAAUACCGAAUACUCCGUCAAGCACCACGCAUGUUAGGGAAGGAGCUGGUGGUCUUGGAAAUCAACUUCCCACAGAUUCCGGCUCAAAUAUCGCAUGCUUUUAUUUAGACCGCGACAAGCCUGACACCGAUGAUUGUGUAUUCGGGGAAGUGGACUGGGUUUCAUCUAUAAAAGACUGCAAGGAGCCGGCACUGGUCCAAGACGAACCUUCCCCGCGGCUGAAGCUAGAUUUAUCCAUAGUAGAUUCAUCUGGGCACCGCAUACAAAAUGAAAACCCGGGUGCCACUGCCUUUGGUGGAGAUACCUUUUUGUUACAUGAUUCUAAAGACAGUGCAGUCAAGGAUCAGAUUGUCAAUUCCCACCUGAAUAAGAGCAGUACCCAUCCUCCAGCGUUCAAAAAACGUCGCAUUACGGCAAAAGUUGAUGGAGCCAAGACAUCUCCUAUUCCUCUUGAAAUUAAGCCACUACUAUCGUCACAUUUACAAGGCAACCAGGCUUCCCCAGAUCACGUAACGGGUGGCUUGACACAUCCGCUAAUGUCAGAAGGUUGUAUGCAGUCCCUGGGCAUUAGCCUGCAGCAGUGCUCUCAACUCGAAUUUUGUGAGUCUGCUCUAGCCAUGGACGUUGAAGUAGGCCACUUAGGUCUUCGCGGAACCAACAAACAACGAAAAAGACGAGCAGCCUCCAUGAACUAG